UUGACCAAUAUCAUUCUUUCUCUCCCUCUGUAUAUCAUUAUCACCAUUUUUGUUUAAAUUCAAGUUCUUUUUUUGUUUCUCAUAAACAGAAUAAACAUCAUAUCAUUACUCAUUACAGAGACACUGAGAUAAAGAGAGAGAAAGUUUAUAGCUUUUUCUAGAAUAUACUUCAGAUUACACGUUGAGACGCCAUGGUUGGAGUUGGAGAAGCUCAUCAUUCUCAAAACACACCAUUAUUACCUAAGUUUCCCCGUAAAAGAACAGGGAAUGUAUGGACAGCUAUAGCACAUAUCAUAACAGGGGUAAUAGGCUCAGGGGUAUUAUCCCUUUCAUGGAGUAUGGCUCAAUUAGGUUGGAUUGUUGGUCCUUUAGCCAUGGUUGCCUUUGCAACCACAACCCUUUUCUCAGCAUUUCUUCUCUGCAACUCUUAUAGAUCACCCGACCCCGAACAUGGUCCUACUCGAAAUCGUUCCUACAUUGAAGCUGUUGAUAUGAAUUUGGGGAAGAACAAUUCUUUAGCUUGUGGCUUUCUUCUCCAGUUGACCAUGUAUGGAUUUGGCAUUGCUUAUACUAUCACAUCUGGUAUUAGCAUGAGAGCAAUUCAAGAAUCAAAUUGCUACCACAAAGAAGGGCAUGAUGCUCCAUGUACAUAUGGAGAUACUUAUUACAUGUUACUAUUUGGAGUUGUUCAAAUAACAUUAUCCCAACUACCUGAUUUUCAUGGCAUACAAUGGCUCUCAGUUGUUGCUGCAAUCAUGUCUUUCACCUAUGCCCUUAUCGGAUUGGGAUUAGGCGUCGCAAAAGUCAUCGGUCAAGGCUUUAUUGAAGGCAGCAUAACAGGAAUUUCAACAACUAAUCCAGUUGAUAAAAUAUGGUUGGUAUCUCAAGCCCUUGGAGAUGUUGCAUUUGCUUAUCCAUUCUCUAUAAUUCUCUUCGAAAUUCAGGACACUUUGGAGUCACCACCACCCGAAAACCAGACAAUGAAGAAGGCGUCCGCUAUAUCAAUAAUCGUUACAACAUUCUUUUACCUCUUCUGUGGAGGAGCUGGAUAUGCUGCAUUUGGUAACUACACACCGGGGAACCUAAUGACCGGGUUUGGAUUCUACGAGCCAUAUUUGCUCGUUGAUUUAGCUAACAUCUGUGUUGUUCUUCAUCUAGUUGGCGGUUAUCAGAUAUACAGUCAACCAUUAUUUGCUAAUGUAGAGCAAUGGUUAGCUGAAAAGCUCCCAGAAAAUGGAGUUAUGAACAAGGAUUACAGACUCAAAAUUCCACUAAUCUCAACUUUUAGAAUAAACCCUCUUAGGCUGAGUUUCCGAACAGCCUAUGUCCUAUCAACAACCGUGAUCGCGAUGAUCUUCCCUUACUUCAACCAGAUUCUUGGGGUGUUAGGAGGCAUAAACUUCUGGCCAUUGACCAUAUAUUUUCCAGUUGAGAUGUACUUGAAACAGGCAAAUGUUGAAGCUUGGACAACAAAAUGGAUACUGCUUCGGGUUUUUAGCACCGUUUUCUUGGUUAUAACGGUUUUCGCCUUGAUUGGAUCCAUCCAAGGAAUAAUUAGUGCAAAGCUAAGUUGAGAGAACAUUAAGGUUUUUAUUUCCAUUUGCAUAGUUUUUCUGUUGAUUUAGGUGGAUUGUUGUUAGUUGGUUGCUAAGUUUUUUUUGAAAAUGCAUCCAUAAUUAAGCAUUUUGCAUACAUGUAAGACAUUUUAUGUAAUAAGUUAAUAAUAUUUUUCAUGAGUUUAAUGAUUGAUUA